AUGGUGGAAGAUGAGGAAGGCUACAUGGUGCUCAACUUCAAGCAAAAGAAAGAGUGUGGAAAACGGAAUCUUCCAUCUCAAAUGCAAGAUACUCCCCAGUGUGCACAGAGGCAUCGAGUUGCUCUUGGGGUGGCCUCUGCACUGAUUCUCCUAGUCAGCGGGGUUCUAAUAGCAUUGGCAAGCCGGGUUUUACAGACUAAAGCAGCAUUGAAUGGAACAAACAAAUGCCCUCCUGACUCUGCAUUUCGACGACAGCUGAAACACUUUGCAUGCAACUCUCUAGGCAAUAGUACAGAAGACGAUGCCAAGGACUGCAAAAUAUGCCCCAAGGCCUGGAAUUUGCACAGGGAUAAGUGCUACUGGAUCUCUGAACAGCAAAAAACUUGGAACGAGAGCCGAGAGGACUGCAAAGCAAAGAACUCCACGCUGCUUGUGAUUCAGAACAUGAAGGAGAUGGCAUUCAUGAAGAACAUAGAGAACAUAACAGGGAAAACAGCAAAUGCUUUUUGGUUGGGGCUUACAGUGAACAAAUCUGGGACCUGGCACUGGCAGUGGGUGGAUGGAUCCCUCUUAAAGGAAGACCUGUUUUCUGUAUCACGACCUGCUGAAAAAAACAGCUGUGGGGUGAGAAUAGAAAAUGGAGAAUGGAGAAUGGAGAAUGUAGUUACUUCUGAAGAUUGUGGUUCUCUGUAUCCCUGGAUAUGUGAGAAAAUUGCUUUCCAAAUCUGAGCACUGAUACCAAGUCAACCAUUGGAAGCUACCCACCAUCUCUUUCUGACUGAGGAGUUGCCUAUUUAUUUGUUAUGCAGGUUACAGAUUUACCUCUACCCCACAAUCCUUUCUGUCUCCAGUAUGCUCGAUAUUUCCCACCCACUUUGGUUAGGAAGCCUUGCUUUGUGCCCUCAUGAUAUAGGAUGAAAAAUAGAAUAACGUGUCUAUCAAAACUGACAAUUGUCAUGAAACACAGCUUUUGGGUAUGUUGGAAGAUUUGCAGAAAGCUUCACUCUCCCAAUCAAAUUAUGUUCAAUUCUUCUAAACUGUAACACAAUUAGUCCCCAAACUUUUUGAGACUACAGGAACCUUUGAAAUUCUAACACAGGGCCGUGGGCACAACCACAAAAUGGCUACCACAGAAAGUUAUGCAUAAUUCUAAUAGUAACUUUGCAACAUUUGAGGCAAAAGAUCUGUUUAAUAGGAUACUUUUUAAAAUGAACAUUUGGUUUUUU